UUUAGUACCCUUCAGUGUGUUUAUCUCCAAAUUGUUCACAACCAUGUUAGAUUCUAUAUUGGAGUUCAUCACACAAGCUGCUUCGAGCUCAGCAUUCAUUUUCUGCUUCUGCAAUUUGAUCAUAGUCAUUAUCCUACUAGACUUGAAGCCUAGCCUCAGCAUUCAUCAAAAAAGUGAAAUCAGUUUUUCCAAGGGUCCAAAUCAGAAACAAGAAACAAACAUCAAGAGUGUAGUUGAGAAAGACACAGCAUCAUUGGCACAAGUAGUGGAAGUGUCACAUGUGAUGGAAACUGAAGCUGUUGUUGACAACAUUGAAAUUGAAGGCAAUGAUGAUUGUAGCAAUGAAGAGGAGGAAAAUGAGGAAGAGGAAGAGGAAGAGGAUGAUGAGCUAAGGAGAAGAGUGGAAGAAUUUAUAGAGAAAGUUAACAAAGGAUGGAAAGAAGAAUUGUUGAGCACAUCAAGCUUGGUAUAGGACUCAAAUA